AUGAGCAUUACGAACCGAUCGCUCAGCGUACACAGAUUCUGUCAAGACAUAGAUGAUUUGCAAGUCAUACUCUCAGUAAUUCUAUCACCAAUAAAUUUUAUUGGAAGUGCCAUAGUAUUAAGAGCCAUUCAUGCCACUCCGGAGCUUCGGAAGAUAAGUACCUUCAGGUUCAUCGCAAACCUAACGAUUUCUGAUAUUAUGCUCUCCAUAACGGCAUUUCCACUGAUAAUCGUGAUCAGGCAUUACCCUGACCUGGCUGGCUCUCACCUCACACAUACACGUAAUGCCUAUAGGUUUUUUUUCGAUACCAAACGUUUUGUCAGUGUAUUUACUCUCAUCAGCCUAUCUGUCGAUAAAGUUCUUGCCUGUGCAUUGCAUCUCAAAUACAACAAUCUUUUCACGCCAUAUGGCACGUUUACCUUGCUCGGAGUAAUAUGGGCUGUCUCUCUUGGCAUUGGUGCUUCGAACUGGGCAGUUAAGAGUGAGUACUUUCCUGGAGGUACAUGCCAGCCUGUUAAGGCUGUCUUGGACGUCACAGAAGCAUUGCUUGUGCUAGUCUGCUUCGUGAUCAUAUUUGCCAGCAAUUUGUACCUGAUGAUACUCAGCAAGGCCCAUCAGAAACAGGACCGGGAGCAAAGACGGGAAACGAAUUCAAGGACCCGCAAGAUCUAUGACCAUUACAAAUCGCUCAAGUCUCUUAUUCUUCUGUUAUGCAUGUUCGGUAUUGGGCUUCUGCCACUGAUAUGUUACUUCCUCAUACAACAACUCGCUAAAUGUGACACGUACACGUGUACAGCCGUUUGGGAGUACCUGAACAUUCUGCAUUAUAUCGACCUAAACACAAGAUUCAUCAUUUACUGCUGUCGAUUCAGGUCUUUAUUCAGGUUUGCGCACAAAAUCGUGAGCUGUGACCGGCUAAGGCGGGUAAGAGUCGCUCCGGAAACACCAGAAAACCGUAAACAAGAAAACGGACAAAUCACUAUGGUCGACGAAAUGCCAAUUGGCAAAGGGAUAUCUUCCACUAAAUGA